UGCUUUCUCUAACGGGGUUGGAGAAGAAGGGGGCGUGGCUUGUGAGUGACAGGCAGAGGAGACCUUGGUGUCUUUAUUGUGGUUUUUUGCACUUUUUGCUCGAAGAAGGAAGAUUAAAAAGGAACUAUGAAAAUCUUGGUCAUUGGACUUGGAGGUGUAACAAAUGGAGGGAAGACAACUCUGGCAAGAAAACUCAAGGACCAGUUUCCAAACUGCACAAUCAUCUCUCAAGACGACUUUUUCAAGCCUGAGUCUGAAGUGGCUGUAGACGGCAAUGGCUUUCUGCAGUAUGAUGUUCUUGAUGCCUUGUACAUGGAAAAAAUGGUGAUGAGCAUACGUUCUUGGAUGAGAAACCCAGAAGACUCUGUGUUGACAAGACCACCAGAAAGGACACAUGAUGGUCAGAAAAGAGCUGAAGAAAUUCAUAUCUUAAUUGUUGAAGGGUUCCUUCUAUAUAACUACAAGCCUCUCAGUGAUAUAUGGGAUAAAAAGUAUUUCCUGACAAUUCCUUAUGAAGAAUGCAAAAGGAGGAGAAGCAACAGAAUUUAUAAUCCACCAGACCCACCAGGAUACUUUGAUGGACAUGUAUGGCCCAUGUAUCUGAAGCACAAGAAGGAAAUGGAAGAAAAUGAAACUGGCAUUGUUUAUUUGGAUGGAAUGCAAUCACAGGAAAAACUCUAUUCAAGGGUGUUCAAUGAUAUUUCACAUGAAAUGGAAAAGGCAGGUGAACGACGUACUAUUAUGCAUGUAUAAGUUCAUACUCCCUAAUGACAUGUCCAGAGAAGAGUAACCAAAAUAUUCAUGUAUAUUUUGUGACUAAUAUGAUGUUUUAGAAGUUAAUGGAAGCCUUACUAAAGGAGCAGCGCACCGCCACACGGCCAUGGUAUCCUAGUGGAUAUGUCUUCUGUCUCUUUCCUGUUGGACAUGCUAGCCAAAUGCAGUGGUGCUAGUCAUCAAUUUCAGAAUUCUCAUUUUAAUCCCUUAAAUUAUUAGGUUCUUAGUGGAAGAGAACUUAUGCAGAAUUUGCUUCUCUCUUAGAAAGCAAGUUAUUUCAAUUCAUGCUUUCGGCAACAUCAGCCAAGGUAUAUAUUGUCCUCCUCGCUCAAGAAGUUAAAGGGAUUCAUACUUGCUACUGUCCUGCCACUCCCUCAGUCCUCUAGUUUUUACAUUCCAUUCCUCCAACAAUACUUUCAGAAUAAUGAAUAUACCAGCUGUUCUAGCAAUGAAAGCCGAAGCACCUUCGAUGGAUCGUGAAUGUGCUGUUGAAAGGCUGGAAAUCUAAAAUAUUUUAAUGGACUAAAAUCUGCUUGGCAAAAAGAUAUUUUUAUUUUUUAAAUAAAGAUAAAUCAGUUUUCAAUUA